AUGAACUCUUCAAAUUUUAUCAAUAUUACUACAGUAAUUUUGUUAUCUUUGGUUUCUGUUUCCUUGGCAGGACAACAAUAUGGUUUCGCCUACCUCAAGUAUUUCAAUACUCAAAAUUGUUCUAGCGAAUCGGAGUACGGUGGAUCAUUCCAGAAGGCUGGUACUUGUGUUGGAAAAAUGAUCUACGAUUGCAGUGGUGGUCCUGACAAGAUUGGAGUCCAAAAAUACAAAGAUUAUGAAUGUACCGUUCCAAUCGGAAAGAUGAUCUAUCACCAAACCAACACUUGUCUUGAACAUGUAAUCAAUAAUGAAUAUUACGGAUAUUCAGCCAGCUGUGUGGAUAGCCUCCUCCUACCACAACAAUCCACUGUCAACUUUGGAUUCACUGGAAAUUGUGAAUCUCCAAACUGGAAAGAGCAUAUCAUUAUAUCGAACUAUAAUCUAUUGGAUAAGUGUGUACUCUUACCCCAUGGAAGUGCCCAAUAUAGCUGUAACUCCACCGAUCUUAUAACCUCUUCAUACACAGCCUACAACAAUAAUUGUGGAGGUGAACCAGAAAGAAUCAAUACAACUCCAUUUUCUGUUCUCAACUUUUGUUCUGAAAUCAACGAAAUAAACUUUUGUCUAGAUUAA